AUGGCUAUACUUGUUGGCCUUCUCACCAUCUCACUGACUCUUCUCUUCUCUACCGCAACGGUCGUUCCCACCCCACAAUCAAUUGGAUCCGAUUUGUCAAUCAUCACACACAAUGACCUGUAUGGCAACCUCACAACUCGGCAUGCAGCAAGCAUUUUGCUGAGCACAUCGUUCAACUACUCUGUUGCGACCUCAAAGUGCGCUGCUUUAGGCACAAAACUGUGGGACCCCCAACGCCAUCUCGAGGACUUGACUUUCCUCCGGUACUUAGACUAUGCGAACGCCGCCUAUAAGGCUGGUGUCUACUGGGUCAGCAGCAAUUCGACGACGAACUGCACAGCAGUUACUGCGCAUGCUGAACUGGCAUAUUAUCCUUGCGAAACCUACUUACCAGUACUUUGUUUCAAUGCAGGAAACGAUCGGGAUCGUCAGGUAGCAAUAGCGACUAACAAUGCAAGAAUCAUAGGUCUUCGCGAACGAUCCUCUUCGUCUUUCCGUUUCCUCGGCAUCACAUACGCUUCGAUCCCAGCUCGUUUCGCCCACUCGACGUAUUAUCCUCCCCCACCUGGAUCCAACAUCACCGCACUCGAUUACAGCCCGCAGUGUAUACAGUCUGGAUGUGGGGUUCAAGGGACCCCGGAUUGCGCCGAAGAUUGCCUCACGCUCAAUAUAUGGACGCCGCAUCUCCCCAAUGUUGAUAAUGCAACGCGUAAGGGGAAAGCUGUUAUGGUAUGGAUACAUGGCGGAGGCUUUACAGGAGGAGCAGCUAGCGAUACUACAUUCGACGGUAGCGCCAUGGCCUCUCGGGGAGACGUUGUUCUGGUGACCAUAAACUAUCGAUUGUCUACUUUGGGUUUUCUAGCACUUAGCAACACUUCGUUAACAGGAAACUAUGGGCUUCAUGAUCAGAGCGUUGCGCUUGAUUGGCUUCGCGCGCACGUUGAGGACUUUGGAGGUGAUAAGGACAGAAUUACUGUUUUCGGGCAGAGUGCAGGAGCGGCAUCGGUUAGAGCUCUGCUUGCAUCACCACAAGCGCGAAACAAGGUCUGCGGAGCGAUUAUGAUGAGCACGCCACAAGGCGUAGAAUACGCCUCCACUUUCUCCAGGUACCUAACCAUAGAAGAAGCUACAAACCGAACCGCGGCAGCCAUCGCUGAAGUAGGGUGUACGCCAUUGAAGGGUGAAGACACAGUCGCCUGCCUACGGAAAGCAGAUCCUCUUGCCUUGGUAGGCAUUAGAAACACUUUUAGAUACCCCGUGGUCGACGGCAUAUUUUUGACGAACGCAACCCUUCCUCUCGGUCCAACAGCACCAAGAUUCAAUAUACCCAUAAUGUCUGGAAUUAUGCGUGACGAUGGAUCACCUUUCACCUCGUAUCCUACUUGGUCUAAUGUAUCUGCUGUACUAUCCUCGCAAGGCUUUCCUGCCUCGGCUAUCCUUUCUUCGAACUCGUUCCCGUUCCCUGAAGGUGCGAAUAGCACUCUACGCAUCUUCAAUCUUACGUCCCGGGUAGCCACGGAUGUGAUGUUCAGGUGUCUAGCCCAAAGCACAGCGUAUACUGCUGCAAAGAACGGGGUGUUCAAGAGUGUGUAUAGCUACGAGUUUGAUAGGGCAUAUCAGAUUGAAGACUGGAGUCCUAAUCCUCCAGCCUGUGAAGCGCCAGUCACAGAAUUGUAUCCGUUUGGUGAUCCUAAUGCGCCCUUUUACAAAUGCCAUUCCGGUGAGCUGCUUUCCGUCUUCGGCAACACUAUCCCUCAAGGGCGACCGCUGCGGGACGACGACGACAUCCCAUUCAGCCAGUUCAUUGUAGACACCUGGACGGCUUUUGCACGAACGGGUAAUCCGACGCCUGACGAAGCAUUCUUGAUGGCACGAGGUUUUACGAACACAAGCAAGAUGGUAAAGACUACGGGUAUCUGGGAACCGGUCAAUGCGGCGAAGCCAAUGCUGAAGGUGUUGGAUGUACGAGGAAGAGGUAAAAUGGAGGAAUUUAGAGAAGGAGCACAAUGCGAAGUGCUUGGACAGAGGUUGGAUUAUUACGAUUCAUAA